CAGUACAAAGUCACAUUCAAAGCAUGCGAUCGCGGCGACACUCGGUGGAUUUCAGGAGCAGAUUUGAAAGCAACGCACCGCUGAUCUACUCUCACUAUGAACGUCAAAGUGCCCUUGAUGGGAAUAUAAACUUCUGGCAAGUUGGAAAACAAGGGAAAGAGAUCACAGGUAAGGGAUAUUUACCUGCGAUGUCCGAAAAACAACACUGGCCAGAAGAUAUUUCGUGGCAUCCCACUGGACGGCGGAUUGUGGCUGUCUACUCAGCGGAUCAGAAUGACACGCAGGUUGCAGUGAUCAAGAACUCGGUGGAUAAGAAGCCGAAGAUCACGUUUUUGCCAAAUAAGCCCCAUGAUCGGGGAUUAUUGAACUCCGUGGUUUUCCUGGCAUGGGAUGACUAUUCCCAUUUCAUCACUGGCGGUAGCGACCAUGGUGUAGCAAUGUGGAGUGCCACAGAGGACUCGAAGGAACUGAAGGUUAAGAUGAUUCAUCGAGAUGUGCACUCGUCUGCAGUGAGUGGUGUGGACGGACUGAGGCACCGGGCGAUUAUCCUCUCGGGUGGAAUGGACAAGCGCAUUUGUGGCUUCGAUCCAAAGCGAGACCGGGCUAUAUAUCUAAAGAUACUCGACAACAAAAUUGUGUCAGUGAUGCUAAAUCCGCAGGACGACAACUUGUUCCUGGUGCAGUUAGGCACAAAAGAGCGGCAGCUCAGGCUGUUCGAUUUUAGGAGCGACAGGCGGGAGCUUCAUUCGUUUGGCUGGCAACAGAGUAGCGACACUCUGUCAGCUCUGAUCAGACCUUCAUGGUCGCCGAACGGGUUGUACAUUGCAACAGGCUCGUCGGACCCAAAGCUGCACGUUUUUGACAUAAGAUACACAGGACGGAGUCCGGCGCAGACGAUCAGCGUGCACACGAAACGGGUUCUGAGAGUGGAAUGGCAUCCAACUUGGCCCCUUUUGACCUCCAUAUCCUCAGAUCUGUGCAUCGGCAUGCAUUCAUUUCAAAAUUGAGCAGCUACUUAGCGUUGAUUAGCAGGAUUGGUUGUUCAAUUAGUGUGUUGGACAGACAAACAGUUGACAGGGGGGAAGGGCAGGUGGGGAGGGUGGGGGGAGGGGGAGGGGGAGGGUGCAUGUUACGUGCCCCUUUGCUUUGACGAGUGGCGUCUCUUGCUUUGGGGCCGUCAGGUGAUCAGAAGUGUGGCUGCUUAAGAGUGUGUCCCAGAGCUUUGGUGUGCAUUCUGACGACAGUUGCGUGAUCCAACAGAUGAGUUUUGGGAGUCGCUCCGCAACCUCCUUUGUGGCGAUGAUGCUUGCUGUUUGUGCAUGGAUGGGUGGUGUGGAAGGUGUAGUAGUAGCAGCUCUUUUUUCUCUCUCUCUCUCUUCCCAGUCAGUGAUUAAAAUGGCCUCAUAGCAGCUUAAACAACAACCUGAGUGCAGAGCUUUAUAGGCAUCGUUGGGCCGUUGGCCGGUGGAAUUGCUGACGCGCCUGAUGUCUUUGCUUGCUGUGACCAGCUUGUAAAAUGCGCAGUAUCGUACUGCAGCAGCCAGCAGUUGGGGUUGACAGGAACUAAUGUUUUCUUUAUGCAGACGCUAUUCAGCCUCCAGGUGGCCAGAUAGAUAGUAGGGCGUAGCAGAUGUGUGUGGGAGUGUGGAGGCAGCGUUUUGGGGGAGGAUUGCAUGUCUGCGACUGACACAAAGGAUGUAAGAGUGGAUGUUGCAGCUCUUGGUUUGGGAUAUGAAGUGAUGGCUCUAGCGAGAUCGGCGGUGGAUUAAGAACACAACAUGUGUGGUUGCUGUUGGGAAAGAUUGGGGUGAGUGUUCUUGGUGUGGCGGCAGACUCGUCACAUAUCGGUGAGGAAGAGGGCAGCCGCUGCGGCGGAAAGCUCAGCGAAUGUCAGCAGUGAAGGGGCUAUGGGUCUUAUCCUGGGCAAGGUAGGCCAGGUGUGGGCCUAUGUUGUGAAAGUCAGAGUGACAGCUAUUGGUCUGCAGGCACCAUGUAUUCCGUAUCGAAGGCAGCCACUAGGAAGGAAAGCUCAGCAAACGGAAUCAGUAAAGGGCUAUUGGUCUCCUCCUGGGCAAGGCAGGCCAUGUGUGGGCCUAUGUUGCGGAAAUCAGAGUGACAGUUACUGGUCUGCAGGCAGCAUGUUCCUGUCUACCGUUUUGAGAGUGCUGUGAAGGCGGUCUGCAGAAAGAAUUGUCCUUUGCCAUCCAUAUCUUCUUCGCCUUUAUGUGUGUGAUUUCCAGAUCUCCAGGUAUCUUGCACUCUCUCCCUUGUCUUGCACAUAUGGCAGGGCAGGCAGGCAGGCAGGCAUUGGUUGGUGCAUGUGAGUUUCGCCAAUAUCGCAGCCAGCCAUCACACCUGUGCAUAUGAGUUUUGUUCCGCGGUGCAGUUUAUGGCCUGACUCGGCAUCUUGCUCGGCUGUCGAACAACGGCAUCGCGUGAGGUAUCUGCUCGGAAUCUUGCAGUGUUGCAUGCAGGCGGGUGAGAACUGGAAAUGAGGUGCUGCAGCAGUAAUGGGGGUGCAAAGGGGUCAGGUAGGGAAAAGGUGGAGAGGGCCGCUACUCUCUCCAUAAUGAGCUUCAGCUAUGAACUGUUCUGGUUGUCAAGAGCUUCACCUCAAUUGCACUCAUUUUAUCUAUCAAGGUUGCACUUUUCUUUUCUUCCAAGGACCGGUUGGACCAUGGGGUUAUCCAGAAGUAUGACGCAAUUUGGAGUUGAGGGUGGCUAUGGGAAGUGCGGUGGCAGCCAGAGAGAUGGGGAGAGAAGGAAACGACUGGCGGGUGCAAGGGCAAAUGUUGGGAGUUGUUUGACGCCGAAGCGAGGACGUGGUGACCGUACAAAAUCCAAGUGUUCGUUACGAAAGAGAGUGCAAAGGGUCACCUCGAGGACUUUUCAACAUUUCAGCUAUGAACUGGUGCGUUCGCUGAGGGCUUAUAGCUUGCACGCGUAUCCGGAUGCGGGUUGUGAUUUUCAUUUGAGGACCGGUUUGGCGAUCGGGUGAGACAUAGAGGUAUGGUCCAUGUGCAGGUUGAGGGUGGCGAGGAAAAAAGCGGGGUGGGGUGGGCACGCAAAGACAUUGGGGGAUGGGGAAGGAAACGAUGGAGGGGGGGUUUUGGCAAAGAAGACAGUUGUGGAAUCUGCAAACUUUUUUGUGUCAUUGUUUAUGGCAUAUGUGCCUUUGAUAUCAUCCUUCGGAGAACUGAGCAUCGUGGAAUCG